UGUUUAUGUUGUCAAGCGUGCGUUCAAUCCGUCAAAAUGGCUGAACAACGGCAAACAAAUUCCAAAAGUUUAAAAUGUAAAUAGUCGCCCAUCUUUCGGCCUGAAAUACCUACGUAGUUGAUUUCAACAUCCGAGUAAUGGCAAGGAAUGUAUCCAAGGCGUUGUUUACGCUAAUUUUCCAAAAGGUCCACUGCAGUGCUAUGGGCGGUCGCGACAAUGGAUUUGGCAGUAACUACGUAUGGGCAGGAUCCUUAGAAUCUGGUCUCCAAAUAGCUACACAUCAUAACAAGCCAGUCAUGCUCAUAAUACACAAGUCCUGGUGUUCAGCUUGUAAAAGGCUGAAGCCUAAGUUUGCGAAUUCGGAAGAGAUCCAAACUCUUAGUAAACAUUUUGUGAUGGUCAACUUGGUUGACGAUGAGGAGCCCAAAGCAAACGGGUUUUCACCAGACGGAGCUUAUAUACCGAGGAUACUUUUCAUCUCGCCAAAUGGAAAUGUCGACCACGACAUCUACAACGAAGAGGGCAGCAAUCAACACAAGUAUUUCUACAGCAAACCGGAUCAGAUAGUGAAAUCAAUGAAAAAAGUAUUGCAGAAAUACAAACUAGAAACAUUUGAUGAGAACGGUAAACCAAUUAAACAACGAGUAUAAUCCAGGCUCAUACGAUAUUUUGCAUAACAAUAAAUUGAUGAAACUUG